AUGCAAUAACAAUUAUAAAUCUAAAUUGUUACUUUCGAUAAUUCAAAUGAAUCAUUUGACAGAGGAUAGUAUAUUAAUGGCUAGAAUGACAGUAAAGGUUCAAGAUUAGUAUAAAAGUCCUCUAUGAUGACAUUUAACGAUGAAAAAAAAUCUGGAAAAUAACGCUCUAAGGUUAGAUUUAGUGAUACUUAAAAGGAAUUCGACAUAACACAUAGUAAACUCAGACAUCUUUCAAACUAAGAUAUAAACAUAUUUAAGAGUUCCUCUUCUCCUGAAAUAAAUGGUGAUAGUCCUCGAUCUAUAAAAUUAAAGAAUCGUUAUUCAAAGUAGAACUAAAAUACGAUUAAAUUAGAACAUUGUGAUUAAAUAAAGAUUACUGACACAUCAGAUGAGGAGAAUUUAAGUCCAUUCAAAACAUAAGCAAACUUUCUAAACAUACAAAAAGCCAAUUAAAAGGAGAGUCAUUAUAAGAAGGAGAAAUGUCUAAAUAUUUAAGUGGAUCAAUAGCGGUAAUUUUCAUUGAAAGUAACUGAUAUUAAUGCUUUGAAAAACUAGCAUUUAAAAUAAUUCGAGAAGGAAGCUAAAAAAGGGCUUCUUUAUUUACAAAUAAAUGGAAUAAAAGCUGUAAAACAUCAUUACGCAACAAAAGAGACAAGAUCAUGCAUAAUCAAGAUUUCAGAAGAUUUAAAUUUUUUAUGCUGGGAGUAUCAUCAUCUUAAGUCCCACAAACCACCUUUAAAAAAAUAGAUUGCUCUGAAAGAUGUGAUAGGAAUUAUUUAUGGAGGUUAAAUUACAACUUUUCUUCUGCAAAAGGAAAAUAUUCUAAAGAUAAUUCUGAAUGGUGAUGAAAAUAAGCAUCCAUUUUAUGCCUGGGAAUGCAUUAGUAUAGAAACUUAAAAUAGAACAUUAGAUUUAGUUAUUAAAGAUUAGGCAUAACUAAUGUGGCUAUUAUCUGUGCUUUUAAUUUUGGUAAAAAUGAACAAAGCCUAAGAAUUAUUUAUCUCUGAUUUAAACGAGAUUAGAAGUACAAAUAAAAUUGGGUCUUUUAAAAUUUGUAAAAAUGAUUUAAGAUAUCGGAGUUUUCGAUUGAUGAGAGUUAAAAUGAAAGUCUCUUACGAGGCAUGCAAGCAGAGAAUAUCUAUUCUUGAGGUAUUUCUGAGAGCAAUAUAUAUUACAUACAAGCAAAUUUAUGCUAAUUAAUUAAGUCUUUCACCCUUGCAAAGAGCAGACACUUUAGGAAUUGCCAUAACUGAUGAGAAUGAUGAAGAUAACAGUGAAUCGUUUUUAUAGAAUACUUUUAAUAUGAAAACAAUAAAGAGAUAAAUACAUAAAUUAAAGUCUCUAAAAUUCUUGAGAAUGGUCUUAAAUUAAAACAAAUACUAAAAAUUAAGGUUCCUUUUGAAAUAGAUGAAGCUAAGCAAAAUAAAUUUGACAAAAACUAUUAAGUUGAUGGGAACUGAAAACCUCAAGAUCCCUGAGGAAUUUAUGAUAUUUAGGCUAUCAAAUUCAUUUUAGUUUUAUGACCCUUUUCCAGUAAUUGUUGAGACAGUUAUGAGGAAAAAAGCUCUAGCUUUGCAAUUAGACAAAUAAAAAAAAUCUAUCACUAAGACUGAUUCCUUUUUUAAAUGUUUUUCUUCAAAUUAAUCUCCAAGUAAAUCUAUCUCAUUUAAAAGUUCUAAAGAUGAUAAAUUACUUUCAAUUUACUCAAAAGACAAAACUAAGACUAAAUCAUAAAUUAAGCAAGUAAAUGAAGAAAUUAAUAACAAGUAGAUAUUUUUGAAACAGCUAGUCAACCUAAAUUUAAAGAGUUAAUUCUUGCGAACCAAACGAAAAUAUACAGAAGACAAUUAAUGUACCCUGUCAAAAUAAGCUAAUCGUGAACUCUAAGUAUCAAAGAAUUAGGAAACUCUUCAAAAAAUUAAGAGCUCUGGAAAUGAGAUUAAAAAGAUUAAAGUCUUAGAUUAAUUAAUUGGCUAAGAGAUUAAAUAUUUUAGUCCUAAAAUGGAAAAGCUACUAGGUACUUAGGAGGAGCCCUAUGAAGAUGUAAUAAACGCAAUAGAAUAAAGAUUAGCGAAUAGAAAAUCUUCAGUAAAUGAUUCUAUGUAGCAAUAUAGUUCAAAAGAAAAAAUACGGCCAUACAAUCCAAAUCUUUAAGGAACUAAACAAAAUCAAUUUCAAAAUAAUGAAAAUAAGUAGAGCCAAACAGAUAUGAUGAAAUAGAAAGUAGCAUCAUAAUACAAAUUUAAUCUAUACAAAACAUCGAGUACUGCAGCUCAUUCAUAAGAAACUAACCCAAGCAGAAAACAGGCCAUUAGGAAAACUAGAUUUUAAUACAAUGAGGAAUAAUAUGAAACUCCAAGAUAUAUAGAAUAAUAAAAAGAAAUUACCGAAUCUUAAUUGAUAAAAAAAGAAUACAAUUAGAAACUGUGA